AUGAUGAUCUUAGCCAAUAGUAAUGUUGAAAUUAUACCAAUGAGACUACAACUGCAUUUUGAUAAUGAUGAUGAUAACAAUUUUAAUAUAAUCAACGUUCGAAGUAUUUCCAACAUAUCACUAUCUGAUUUCGAUAACAUCGAUAACAUUUUCAUAAUUGAAGAUACUAAUACUACCAUUCUUAAUACCAUAAAACUAAACCGACCGGAACUUGAUGGCGAGUUUCGAAUAGGAAAUCCAUAUCCUAGUCAAUGGAUUGAAGUCCAGUUCUUAGACACUCCAAAACCUUCACAACGGUUUCGAGUGCCAUUAACUAGUUGUUUGAACCAAUUAUAUGGUGCAGGCGGAUCACUUGAAUUCGCCCAGAGUGCAACCUAUUAUAUAACCACUGGGGUCGAUUAUGGAUCAGCAUUAGACUUGAUAUGGUAUUAUCAUCGAUUAAGUAAUACGGUAGAGUUCACUACUGAAGUGACUUGGAGAAUUAGUUAUUCAUGUAAUGUCCCACCGGGGAAGAUUGGACAAAUAUUCAUAUCACCAUAUCUUACCGAAUUCUCCAAUGUACAAACGAGGAAAGUUUCAAUUGUUAACAAGCUGAGAAAGAGAUCAAAAAAGGGGAAGAAGAAACAUAAACAUAGAAAGAAGAGGGUAUUACAUUUUGGAGAAUGGGAAUUGGAGAAUUCGGUAAGGUUGUUUGAUAUUAGUCGAUCUCCAAUUGUUGAAUGUAUUACGAAGGAAGAAUAUUUGGAUUGUCAUGGAGAUAAGAAUCCAUAUAAUUACUUUCGUUCAUUUUAA